AUGGCACCGAAACGCAAAUUGGACUCCGAAGACGUCCUCGAAAUCUCGGAUUCUUAUUCUGACGAUUCCAUUGACGGUCACUCCGCCAAGGAAAAUGACGCGCCUCUUCCAAAGAAAGCACGCGUUUCAGACGCGUCUGAAGGUGCUGAGCCUGGUGCAUCGACCGUCAAACCCAAAGGAAAAGGCAAGGCUUCUGUUGACCAGGCUCCUGCUCCUACAAGAUGGCAGGACGUGGUGCUCGAGAUUAGCAGCAAUGGAAAGGUUCCGGUGUAUGAUGAUUGUGCCGAAGUUAGACGGAAGAUUCGUCUUCUCACUCAAACGCCGGGGUUCAAAAUUACUGCAUGGCUAAGGGAGAUUGGUAACAUCAACAGCAACUCUUAUGGUCGUUUCAUGAAAGAAAAGAGCCGUACUGACGGUGCCACUAAUGGCACAUACUAUGCCGCAUAUUGUUACUUCGAGAAAGUCCGCAUUGCUGAAGGGAAGAAGAAGACUGCCGGUCGUAUGCGGAAUGAGGAUGAGUAUCUCGAUGGCUUCCCUCUCGAAAAUCGUCGGAAAGGGUGGGUUAUUGUUGGACGCUGA